AUGCUUGACAACCAGUUAUAGAAGUGUCGCUGCCCCACAAGCUUUGAUCCAAACGUUCACCCCCUUAUCUUCCCAAACUCCUCUACAUAUUCUGUAUUCACUCUACUACAGCAUCUGCGACAGGUGAUUCUUGUUGCUCACACUCGUUUCCAGUAAAACCUAAUUCCAUCAAAAAUGUUCAAAUUAAUCUUUGUUCCAUUUCUGGCUAUGCAAAUGUCGGCAUUUGCGGCGCCACAACAGCAAUCCGGAUCUAGCGGCGUGCAAAUCACGAGCUUAGAGAAGAAUGCCACAUCCACCGUCGGCUCUGGAAAUGUGGCGGCGGCGGGUAAUCUCACCCCGUUUGGUGAUAUCGGCGUUGGCUGCGGUAUCAACUGGCAAGCAGACACAUCUUACGGAGGCGGACUUCAAGCUGGCUCCAGCGACUUUGGCCUGGGUAGUGGGUUCACCAUGACUCCUGGAUUCAUUACUAUCGGUGCAGGUAUUGGAAUGAAUACGGUGAACGCUAGUGCCAACAUACAGUUCACGGGUGCAAAGAAUGGUAGCGUAGAGCUCGUGUUUGAAACCACAUCUCCCGUAGUGUGUACGCCUGGAACCAGGGAUGGCAAGUCCGUUAUAUCCUGCAAGACGAUCGAUGCUUAACGCAAAGCUUACUCGAGCGUGAUGUCGUAUUGAUCAAAGAGACCUUGCAAAUUUUUACGGGCCUUUAGUAAAACCGGACAGAACCAAAUCACCGCUCAUUGCUAGAUUUUGACCCUAGGUAUCCUCUAUAUCAACAACUACUUAAUAAGGACAUAAUAUUGGCUGGCUGUACAUACUUGAACUCUUCUUCAAUAGAAUACUCUUCUACGC